AUGACCGACUCGAUUUGGUAUUCCGGAAGAUCUCGCAAAGUUGAAAAUGUUGAAGAGUACAUAUCCUCGAAGCGGAUGGCUGUUGGAGAGAAUUUCAUCAAGGACAGAAUAAAGAUCACUCAUUACUAUGUGGACUUUGUCGGUAAUCGACCGGCCAAACAGAUCAGAUUGCGGUUGAUUACCCACAAGAAAAGAAAACAACAAGCCACUCCAGUUAGUUGGCAUGCUUCAGUGUUGAGUGCCACGACUGAUGAGGAAUUGUGGUCUUCUGGUGAGGUUUUGAAUGUUAUAGUAGAUGAAUUUUGUUUUAGUUGAUUACACUUUUAAGUAUAGCUUUGGGCAAAAUAAUGAUAGACAUUUGAAAUUUGGGGAGAUUGUAGAUCGUUCUUUUGUCUAACUAGCUUUUUAAACAGGAUUUUUAAGUUUUCAAAAAUUCGGAACUUACAGUAAUUUUACCGUGACCUAUCUAUUAUUUUAAAAAGUUUUACCAAAAAAUUGCAGAUUAUUUCAACGUAAACCACAAAGAUAAGGAGCAUUUGACAGUCGACAUCCCUGAAGCCGUCUGUCAAGCUCCAAUCUAUGCUAAAGCCGAGUUUCGUAUCCUGAAUUCGAAGAAGGAAAAGAAGGCAGAACCCAAGAAGAGGCAGGCCGAAGCAGUUAUGGAUGAUCCAACCGAAAAGCGGCUCAAACUUGAUUUCUCCGAGUAUUUCAACAAGAAACAGUACAGUGAUGUGGAAUUGCAUUGUAAAGACAAGGUCUACUAUGUAAGUUGAGGUUAAUGAUUGGAAUAACAAGGGGCUUGUUAAAGGUGAAAAUAGUGGAAGGGUUCGUCGAAAAAAGCUCACAAAAAGCUAUAUUAUCCAUGAACAACAACAAUUUCCAGGCCUCAAAGCUGCUGCUAAGUGCCGUCUCCCGCACCUUCGAUGCCAUGUUCAAUAUGAACAUGGCCGAGUCCCAAACAGGUAUCGUCAAGAUUAGCGAAGAUUUCGAGCCAGAAACCCUCGAGCUGCUCCUGAAGUUCAUCUACAGUGGCAAGAUCUCGAACUACGACAUGCAAGUGGACAAGCUCGUAUACAUCGCACAGUACUAUCAGGUGAAGGGUCUGGAUACAGAAUGUAUCGACACUCUGAUCAAAACCUUGAAUCCGACAAACAUCAAAGAGAGGACGAUUAUGGCCUUCGAAUUGGCCAACAAGAAGUUCAUCAACGCGUGCAGUGCUUACACAAAUGACCAUAUUGAUGAGAUUGUUUGA